UGCAGAGGGAGGGGGCGGCCCGGCCCGGCCCAGCUCUGCCCCUGGUCGGCCCGACCCCGGCCCCGGCCCCGGCCCAGCCCUUAUCUGAUCCUACUUGGCGUUUAAGAGUCCCGGUCCCGCCGCCGCCAACUCGCUGCGCUCCGCUGCUUUCUCCUGCCCGCCCCGUCCGUCCUUCUGACCUGCUGCCCGCCCAGAACCCACCCCUCUGGGACCAAGAUGGCCUCGGUGGCUAAGGUGUACUACAGCCAGACAACACAGACAGAGAUCCGGCCGCUGGUGGGCCCGGGGCUCCGGCGGCGUCGCGUGCUGACUAAAGAUGGCCGCAGCAACGUGCGCAUGGAGCACAUCGCCGACAAGCGCUUCCUCUACCUCAAGGACCUGUGGACCACCUUCAUCGACAUGCAGUGGCGCUACAAGCUCCUGCUUUUCUCCGCCACCUUCGCUGGCACCUGGUUCCUCUUUGGUGUGGUGUGGUACUUGGUGGCUGUGGCACAUGGGGACCUGCUGGAGCUGGGCCCGCCUGCCAACCACACACCCUGCGUUGUGCAGGUGCACACAUUGACGGGUGCCUUCCUCUUCUCAUUAGAGUCGCAGACCACCAUCGGCUAUGGCUUCCGGUACAUCAGCGAGGAGUGUCCGCUGGCCAUUGCCCUGCUCAUCGUCCAGCUGGUGCUCACUACCAUCCUGGAGAUCUUCAUCACCGGCACCUUUCUGGCCAAGAUUGCCCGGCCCAAGAAGAGGGCCGAGACUAUCCGCUUCAGCCAGCACGCCGUGGUGGCUGCGCACGACGGCAAGCCCUGCCUCAUGAUCCGUGUGGCCAACAUGCGCAAGAGUCUUCUCAUCGGCUGCCAGGUGACGGGCAAGCUGCUGCAGACGCACCAGACCAAGGAGGGCGAGAACAUCCGGCUCAACCAGGUCAACGUGGCCUUCCAGGUGGACACGGCCUCCGACAGCCCCUUUCUCAUCCUGCCCUUGACCUUCUACCACGUGGUGGACGAUGCCAGCCCUCUGAAGGACCUGCCACUGCGCAGUGGUGAGGGUGAUUUCGAGCUGGUGCUCAUACUCAGCGGGACUGUGGAAUCCACCAGUGCCACCUGCCAAGUGCGCACGUCCUACCUGCCUGAGGAGAUCCUUUGGGGCUAUGAGUUCACGCCGGCCAUCUCACUCUCAGCCAGCGGCAAGUACGUUGCCGACUUCAGCCUCUUUGACCAGGUGGUGAAGGUAGCACCACCUGCUGGCCUCCGGGACAGCGCCAGCCGCUGCGGGGACCCCGAGAAGCUCAAGCUGGAGGAGUCUCUGCGGGAGCAGGCUGAGAAGGAGGGGGGUGCACUGAGCGUGCGUAUCAGCAAUGUCUGAGCUGGUCCUGGAUGAGGCCCCACUCCUCUUUCUCCUCCUCUUCCUCCCCUGCCCUACUUCACUCCCUCCCUGCACACAGAGAGGGUAAGGCCAGAGCCCUGCUUGGAGGCUAACCCCAGAGGCCAUCUCCCCAGCUCUCAGCCAGCAAAUUCCUUAAGGCUGGACCCUCUCCCACUGCCCCUUGGGGUCUUGCCCGAGGAAGACAGAUGGGACAGUCUCCCCAUGUCUGGGUUCCCCGUCUGGACACUGCAUUGCCCGGAAUGGGAUCUGGGCAGUUCUCCACGUGCUUCACACCAGGCUCCUGACUAUUCUGUCCCUCAGAGAUGGGGCAGCACCAAUGGUUGCCUUAGACCCCGUGUGUCCUUCAGCAGUCCCCCCUAUAGCCUUUCCAUGGUCCAGCUCACAUGCCAUCUCUGCCCCUCUUCCCCCAGUCCUGUCCAAGCCAGCCUGGAUACCUGCUGGCCCAUCUCCAGUAGGGGACACCUCCAACAGGAUGGGGGAUUCUCUAAUUUCCAGGAGCUCUGUGGGGGCCAGGCCCUGGGUAGAACUGGUUACAGAAGCCACCACUCUCCUCUCUGUGUCCCCAAGAAGUGUCUGCCACAUCAGGAUGCAGAAGGUGGUGGAGAGCUGCCUUGUCAUAGCAGCCAAUGUGCUUGUUGUCACACACAGGAAAGUCACUCACCCAGCUGUUGUCCCUGUGCAACUGUCCUCAGGAACCUGAUCCUGUGGGGUGCAGUGAAACCCCUGUGUGGUGCAGGUGCAGUUGGUCUGGAGCAGGGGACUGUCACCCAGUUCUAAGCUCCACAAACAAUGGCAUGCAGCAUAGGAGGGACCCACAGGCCCCUCUGAGGGCUGCACCCUCAGCCCACCAUGCCCUGAGAAGGAACUUUCUCCCUACCAUGGAAUUUCCUUCAAA